AUGGAAGACACCAAACCUACCGACCAUAUCCAGCAUCAGCUCGCAGUUCCAGCGCAAGCACCGGAUGCGAAUACCAUCGGAAUCGACGAUGAAGUCCUCCUGCAAAUGUCCGAGCAAAUCCCCGAGUUUGCUAGUCUGGUCGAAAGAGCUCGUCGCGCUUCCAAUUUUGAACACAAUCUCACCAACCGAGAGGCCUUCAAAGUAUUCCCGAAAGCAAUUCUUUUCUCUUUUAUUUUGUCCCUGGCAAUCAUAAUGGAGGGAUACGACACUUCACUGCUCGGCUCUUUCUAUGCCUACCCGACAUUCCAGGAGCGAUUUGGAGUUCCGGUGAAGGGAGGGGGCUACCAGGUCACUUCAAACUGGCAAACUGGCUUACAGAAUGGAACGAACGUCGGUCAGAUCCUGGGUCUUCUUGUCGCUGGUCUUAUCGCGGAUCGCUGGGGCUACAAGAGGACUAUGCUUGGCGCUUUGAUCUCUCUGAUCGCCUUUCUUUUCCUGAUGUUCUUCGCCAACAACAUCGGAAUGCUCUUUGCUGGUGAGGUUUUCUGCGGUAUUCCUUGGGGUACUUUCCAGAGUUUGACCACUACAUAUGCCGCUGAGGUUAGCCCCGUCGUUCUCCGCCCGUACCUGACCACAUACGUCAACCUGUGCUGGGUUACUGGACAGUUCAUCUCUACAGGAGUUUUGCGAGGUCUCUUGGGCCGUACCGAUCAAUGGGGCUGGCGAAUUCCCUAUGCCAUUCAAUGGAUCUGGCCUGUGCCGAUCAUCAUCGGUGUUCUUUGUGCACCAGAAUCCCCGUGGUGGCUGGUUCGCCACGGCAAGGUCGAAGAGGCAAAGAAGUCACUCAGUGGGUUGUCUCGUCCGGGUGUCUCGUAUUACGACACCGAAGAUGCCGUAGCACUGAUGAUCAUCACCAACACUCAUGAGAAGCUGACCCGAGAAGGAGUGUCCUACUGGGACUGUCUGAAGGGAGUCGAUCGUCGACGCACUGAAAUUGUCUGCUGCGUCUGGAUGUGCCAAGUUUUCUGUGGUAUCUGGUACGGUGGUAACAUUGUCUAUUUCCUCCAGCAAAUCAGCUUCAGCAAUACCCAAGCCUUUGAUUUUGGUCUCGGUGUCAACGCGAUCGGCUGGUGCGGUACCGUCUGCUCUUAG